AUGGCCACCAGAAGAAUCAACGCGAGCGAGAAGACGCACCUCGACCAAGAUGACUCCAAACUCGAACCCAAAUCCAACAUCUCCCCAGCCGUGCCCUCCUCAGUAAUAGCCAAACUCCUCGCCUUCACCGCCGCAAUGAUCGUCCUGCCGAUCGGCAGCUACUUCAUGACCGUCAACGCCGUCUUCAAAGGCAAUUCAACCUGGGCCGGGGCGACGGCGGCGAUUGUCGCGAAUGUCGUGUUGAUCGGCUAUGUCAUUGUCGCAUUUCAGGACGACAAGUCGGAGCGGGAGGCAGACGAGGCGGAGGAGAAGAAGAAGUCGCGGUAG